GGUCUCCCUGCUAUCUCUGUGUCUCUGAGGGUCUUCGCUGUCUCUGGGUCUCUCUGCUAUCUCUGUGUCUGUGGGUCCCCCGCACUCUCUGGGUGUCUGCCCCGUCUCUGCGUCGCGUCUCUGGAGCAGAGCCAGCCGCCCUGUGUGUGUCCCCCGGCCCCGCGGCUGAGCCUCCGGGUGUGCCUCUCCCCCUGCAGACAGAGCGAGCCUACCAGAAGCAGCCGACCAUCUUCCAGAACAAGAAGCGGGUGCUGCUCGGGGACACGGCCAAGGAGAAGCUGCCCAGAUAUUACAAGAACAUCGGGCUGGGCUUCAAGACCCCCAAGGAGGCCAUCGAGGGCACCUACAUUGACAAGAAGUGUCCCUUCACCGGCAAUGUCUCCAUCAGAGGCAGGAUCUUAUCUGGUGUGGUGACCAAGAUGAAGAUGCAGAGGACCAUCGUCAUCCGCCGGGACUACCUGCAUUACAUCCGCAAAUACAACCGGUUCGAGAAACGCCACAAGAACAUGUCUGUGCACCUGUCACCCUGCUUCCGGUGAGGCCUGGGGGCUCCGACAGUGGCAGCUGGGU